AAGCAAAGCAGAGAUCACGUCCUCCCAGGACUGGAGCCUGGAGGGCCAAAACCCCCCAAAUUUCCCAAGCCAACCCAACCAAACCGGCCGUCUCGUCUCCUUCGUCGUUGGCAAUGCCUCCACUGCCAGCCUAGCCCACGCUGCCCACCGCCCCACCCCCCCAACCCCAACCUCCCUCCACUCCCCCUAGCUUUCCCCCUCCACCUCGUCGUCGUCGUCAACCCACCUCACCCCCAACCCCCAACCCCAACUCCUCCUCCCCCCCAAAUCCCCCAGAUCCCGCACGCCGCCGGUGGCCGCAGCGCCGCCGCCGCCCAAACCCUAGCCGGCGGGCGGGCGCAGUAGCGGAGAUCUGGUACCGUGCCGCGAUGGGGGACUUCAACGUGGCGCUGGUGAUCGUGGCGGCGGUGGUGAGCGUCCUCGUCCUGCUCGUCAGCGUCUACCUGCUCAUCAACUACCAGCACCCCGACGACGCCAACCAGGCCUACUUCCCCAAGCUCGUCGUCGUCCUCGGCAUCACCGUCGCCCUCCUCUCCAUCCUCAUGCUCCCCGCCGACGUCGCCAACCGCCAGGCCUGCCGCCGCGCCAUCUACAGCGGCGCCUGCUCCCUCACCCUCCCCAUGAAGACCCUCUGGCUCGCCGUCUACAUCGCCGACGCCGUCCUCGUCUUCCUCGUCAUCCCCUUCGCCAUGUUCUACUACGAGGGCGACCAGGACAAGUCAGUGGGGAAGAGGCUCACCUCCGCUCUCCUGUGGGUCGCCGUCUCCGCGGUGGUUUGCGGCCUCAUCCUCGGCAUCCUAUACGGACUUGUUGGCAAAGUGGACUUCACUGUCAGGCAUCUUUCUUCAGCAGUUGAGACAUUUCCAAAUUCAUUCACUAGUUUCUCAACUGGUCAACCUUGCAUCAGUACAUCGCCCAAGCAGUGCGCAGCUUACACUGCACCUGCUAACUCUCAAACAACUUGGACAAUGCGCGCUACCUUCCCUGAAUAUGUGGUUGCUCUUGCUACCAUCGUUGGAUCUGUUCUCUUCACAAUAUUUGGUGGUGUUGGAAUUGCUUGCCUUCCAUUGGGACUUAUAUUCUCAUUUGUCCGGCGCCCAAAAGCUGUCAUUACACGCUCACAAUAUAUAAAGGAAGCAACUGAACUAGGUAAGAAGGCUCGGGAAUUGAAGAAAGCAGCUGAAGCCCUUCACCAAGAAGAGAAAAGUGGGAAGAAGGGCAGAAAAUGGCGCAAAAAUGUCAAGGCCCUUGGGAAGGAAUUAGUACUUUUAGAAGAUGACAUGAAGGCUCUUGAAGAGAUGUACCCUCAAGGAGAACAGGCUGAGGCUACCUGGGCUUUGACAGUUCUUGGUUACAUUGGAAAACUUUUAUUUGGUGCUGUCGGGUUAAUUAUAUCGAUUGCUUGGGUUGCACAUAUCGUCAUAUACUUGUUGAUUGACCCUCCUUUGUCCUCCUUCCUGAAUGAAAUCUUCGUAAAAUUGGAUGGUGUUUGGGGUCUGCUUGGGACUGCUGCCUUUGCAUUCUUCUGUUUCUAUCUCCUCAUAGCAGUGAUUGCUGGGGAAAUGAUGCUGGGUUUGAAAUUAGUUUUCAUCACCAUUCACCCAAUGAAAUGGGGAGGAACUUUGAUGAACUCGUUCCUGUUUAAUGUUGGACUCAUCCUACUUUGCUCCAUCAGUGUGAUUCAGUUCUGUGCCACAGCUUUUGCUUAUUAUGCGCAAGCAACUGCAGCUCAGGAGAUCUUUGGCCACACACUGCAAUCUCUCCGUGGAAUUAAGUAUCUCUACAAGUACAAUGUUUUCCAGUAUGGCUUUGUGGCUCUUGCGAUACUCACACUCUUUUACUAUGCAAUAUUUGGAUGGCGAAAGAGGAAACCGACAGGAAGAUUCCAGCUCUCAAAUUGAUUUGUGGUUUGUUCUGUAAGGAAGCCUGACGAAUUGAACUACAAACAUAUUUGUUCACGAGUGAUAGAUUGGUUAGCAAUGUAUAUGAUCUUUGAAACCGCUUUCUCAAAGAGCUGGAGAGUUUAUCCAUGUAAAUUAGCAACCAUGAAGUAUAAGGAGAAAACUGAGAUUUCAGUAGGGCACGGACAUGGUUGUUAAAAGCAGAACCCAGCUGCCUUUGUAAUGUACACAUUUCUCAUCGCGGCUCUUCUUUUCCUUGUGUAUUAUUAUUUUACACUUGGCUGAUGUUAUUCUUGACAAUACUGGGUCCUUCGAGGCAGAGAUGUUUGAUGUGAUCGGGUGCCACUUUGGGACCCCCUUGUUCUUUUGUUGGGUUUGUAUCGAGUUAGGUCAGUUGAUUUCUUUCAUAUGUACCAUACUGUGAUUACCAUACGAACUUCUAGAUUGUAUUAAGGAUGUCUUGAUCA